UUUCUUUUGUUACAAUAACAUGAAGUUGUAUUCAAUCAUUAUUUCCUUAUUACUUCCUUUAACAAUAGCACAAACAAGCAAUCCCAAGGUAUCAUUAAAACUUGAUAUUCAACAUCCUUCGACUUUAGAAAGUUAUGAAUUAUCUUGCGAUCCUGUUGGUGGGAACCAUCCACACCCAAUACAAGCAUGUGAUUUACUCAACAGCAUCAAUGGUGAUUUAGUAGCUUUUGAUAGCAUUUUUAUUCCUUGCGCUAAAUCCAAGCGCCCUGCUGUGAAUGUAACGAUCCAAGGAACGUAUUAUGGUGCACCUAUUCAUUUCGAAAGAACACACAAAAACUACAAAUGUGCUCAAACUGUCAUGAAUGGUCUUUAUCCUUGAUUUUUCUUAUAGUCUAUAUAAUAAAAAAGAAUCUCACUUCUGAGUUGAAGGCAGUUUUCCUUAAA